AAUAGUUUAUACACAUACAACUUGUUGAGGGGAAAAAACAUAUUCUUUCAAACAAGAAUAAUCUUCUUCAACAUUUCCUUUUCAGCAGAAUUCUUUCUUCGAAUAAGCCUGAAAAUUAAAAUAUCUUUUUAGGAAACCGUAACGGAUUCUACGAAGCAAGAAAUCUAGAUCACAGAUAUCGUGAGAAACAUCACACGUAAGUACGUGAGUACUGAGGUACCUGGAAGUAUCUAAGUAUCUCAGGUGGAUCCUGAAAUUGAUUUUCUGCCUUAAGGCAUCUUCCUCGCGUCUCACCUUCGCAUCUACAUCUUUUUUACCCGUCGUCCACAUUUCACCCCGACGAACUUCGACCAUAACCCACACAUCUUAUCUCGUCCAUCGCCCAUUUUCCAUCGCCAUUCUGCCAUCUUGGCAAUCAUGGCGCCCAGUAUGGACGAUGACAUGAUGCGCAUGUUUGGCGGCGGUCAGAACCAGCAAAGUCAAGAUGGAGAGUACAAGCAAAAUCUGAACCAGCGACUCCUCUGUCCCGACUGCAAUGAAGAUCCCCCGAAUCUCAUCGAAGAAUUCUCCUCCGGUGACAUGGUCUGUGGCUCUUGUGGCCUAGUCCUUGGCGAUCGCAUCAUCGACACCCGAUCCGAGUGGCGUACUUUCGCCAACGACGACCAAGGCAACGAUGAUCCCUCCCGUGUUGGUGACGCUAUGAACCCUCUUCUUAAUGGUUCCCAGCUUGAAACAAGCAUCGGAUUCGGCGAAGGAAUGCGCGCGCGAGAGCUACACCGUGCUCAGAACCGAACAGUUAAUGACAAGGCCACCAAGAACUUGUUAGCUGCUUACCGAGAGAUCACGAACUUGUGCGAGGCUAUUAGCAUUCCCAAAACCACACAAGACUCGGCAAAGCACAUCUUCAAGCUUACUGAAGACAACAAAUUGUUCAAGGGCAAGCCGCAAGAGGCCGUUAUCGCCGGUUGCAUCUUCAUCGCUUGUCGCCAGUCGAAGGCUCCCCGAACCUUCCGUGAGAUCUACUCUCUGACUAAGGUCUCCAAGAAGGAAAUCGGCAGAACCUUCAAGGUUCUUGAGAAGUUCUUGCAGAGUAACCGUGACGCUAACGUUACUGGUUCGUUCCUCAUGGUCGAGAACUACGAAGCCACCGGUACUACCGGCGCGGCUGAAUUAUGUGCUCGAUACUGCAACAACCUCCAAUUCAAGAACCCUCACCUUAUGGAGAAGAUUUCCAAGACUCUCGCUGAGAAAAGUUCGUCUCUCAAGGACCUCGCUGGUCGAUCUCCCCUAUCGAUCGCUGCUGCCGCCAUCUACAUGGCAUCUCAUCUCAUGGGCGACUCGAGAACGUCGAGGGAUAUCGCGGCUGUUGCGGGUGUCAGUGAUGGUACUAUUCGAACUGCUUACCGUCACAUGUACCCCUCUCGUGACCAACUUGUUGAGAAGGACUGGCUCGCCCCGAAGGGCAACGGACGCAUGGACCGACUUCCUGUUAACUAGUCGCGAAGGGAUAAGGGUGAUGUCCAGAAUGCUCUCGGCGAACUGGCAUUAGGAGACGGUAAUGCGACGGAUGCAGGGUUAAUGCAUCUUGGCUGAAAAGCUACGAUGAACCAAAUUUGCCAUGAGCUUAUGAGUCUUAUCCAUUCUCUGGCAGAUCUGAUUAUGA